AUACUGACCAAUAUGGUCAUACGUUUUCUGGUUUUUUCGUUUUGUUUUUGUUGUUUUGUAUUUCAUCUUUGGGAAAAAAUGUUUGAAGUUUCGAAAUUCAUGAUGUUGGCUUUUAUGGCCACAAUGGUUAUGGCCCAACAACAAGAUAAAAGAUAUCCAUUACCGAUUCCGGAACCAUCACCUUUACCAGUUCCAUUGCCAUUACCGGUACAAAUUCCAAUACCAAAACCAAUUUUAUCACCAGUACCACUACCAUUACCAUUGAGAUUGCCGGUACCAUCACCAGUACCAGUACCAAUGCCAAUUCCAAUGAGAGUUCCGUUUCCAUUCGUUAGAAUAAUUCCAGUACCAACACCAGUACGACUACCAGUACCUGUACCAGAAUUUGUUCCUGCACCUCUACCAUUGCCAAUUAGACUUCCAUUACCGGUACCGAGACCAGUUCCAUUACCGGUACCGGAACCAGUUCCAGUACCGGGAGUUCCUGGAGUUCCAGGUUUCGGUUUAUUUGGUGGUGCUUUGUUACGAAAUGAACAAAAUCAAGAUUUUAGCACACGACAAGAUCUAUUGACUGCAAAAGAUUCUUUAAAUCAGGACAAUGGAAAAUUUCAUGGAUUAUUCAAACGAGACUUAAGAACAUCGAAUCCAAGUACAGAAAGCAUAGCUGAAAUACAAAAACGUUUCGCAAACAGACUUAAAUUGAAACUACCAGUCAUGUUGUCAUUGGCUGCAAAACCAUUGAAAACUGCUGUACCGAUGCCAAUGCCGAUGCCGAUGCCGAUGCCGGUUCCAUGUGCACAACCGGUUGCAAAACCAAUGGCUUUACCAAUGCCGAUGCCGAUGCCAAUGCCUAUGCCUAUGCCUGCUUCAAUGCCAUGUCCAGAACCAAUUCAUUUAUCGAUUCCAAAACCAAUGCCAUUGCCAAUGCCAUCACCAUUACCAUUACCAUUAUCAAUGCCAAUGCCAUUGUCGUUAUCAUCAUUCGAUUGUUAAAUUAUGGAUCAAAU